AUGACUUUCACUUCGGCAACUCUGAGUGGUUCUCUCUGCGUCGAGGAGCACGAGAUGGAGGAAAAUGGGGAAAUUUCGACGAAAAGAAGGAACACCAAAGUCGCGCCAGCAUUUGAGGAAGUGCUAGACUCCAUCGGAUCGAGAGGAAGAUUUCAGACGAGGCUCAAUAUUGUUUUCAACUGCGUCGGCCCAUGUUUCAAUGUGUUGAGUAUAAAUGUUUUCUAUCUAGCAAUGCAGACGCCUGAUCACUGGUGCCAUGUUCCUGGCAGGGAAAGUGCCAACCUGUCGCUGGAGGAGUGGAAGAAUUUUACAAUUCCGAGGGCAGGCAAUUCGUUCAGCAAGUGCCUGAUGUACAACCAGAGCGAUGGUGUCAACUGGAACAGUUCAGAACCCGUAAAGUGUCAGCACGGCUGGGAUUACGACGACACGUGGUUCUCUCUGACUGUCCCCUCCCAGAAGAAUUGGGUCUGUGACAACCAGCAGUCCGCCAAUGACGUCUUGUUCUACGCACAAAACAUCGGAGUGGCUCUGAGCCUGCUAUUCGGAUACAUAGGUGACAUGUACGGACGGCAGCUCCUGCAGUUCCUCUGCCUGGUUGCCCACGUGAUCAGCAGACUGCUGUUGGUCCUCACACCAGACAUCCUGGUGCUGUUCAUCCUGGCACAGUCCCUCGUAUCAGCAGCUGCUGGACCUAUGCAUGAAUCUGCCUUGUCUGUCGAACUUCAGGAAAUAGGAAUAACACCAAAAAGUCACUGUAAUGGCAUCUACAAAUUUAUGAAAGACCACAUUCUAAGGCAAUAUGUCUGGAAAUCGAAUUGCCCAUGUUGCGAUCCUGAUGUUCGCUUGCGUGGAGUCUCACUCUCAGUCCAAUGCUUUAUCCGUAAGUGUUUCCUAGGAGACUUGAUGGGACUUCCAAACGGAGUGGAGUAUCAGAACAGGAUACAGGAGUGCCAAGACCAGGGAGCAGUUGACAUCGUUCAGCGAAUUCUCCUCAGUACCCUUCUGGAUCUGUCUUACUGUGAUCAUGAUCAUGAACAUAUUUCUCAGGGUGUAUUCCUCAGGACUCUUCUGUGCUAG